GUCAAGUCUGGUCGCAGUUCAUAUGGCGGUUCAAGCACUGAGAAAUGGAGAAUCCAAGUAAGCUGUCUGAUUUCUCCUCUUGCUAUGUCUUCAUCUCUACUGCCCCAACUCCAAAAGUCAAAUCUCUUCGUGGCCGCCUGUUGUUCAACUUGGUGGAUGAGUUCGUGCUGCUUCGAUCUAUAGAAUGGGUUUGGAGAAUUGACCUUGCUGACACGCUCUUUACAAUAGAGUCGCCCUAGCCUGCGGGACCAAUCUUAUUCUUGGGCCCGAAAACUUCGUAAUCGAGAGCAAACUCAAGAUGUUAUCACCGAACGGUCGCAGCAAGAUGUGGGAUCGUGAUGCCGACGGCUAUGCUCGCGGCGAAGGAGUGGGGGCUUUGGUUCUUAAACCUCUCAGUCAAGCUAUCGCCGAUGGAGACCACAUCGAAUGUGUCAUCCGUGAAACUGGUCUUAACCAGGAUGGUGCCACAACGGGAAUAACGAUGCCCAGUGCAUAUUCCCAGCGAGACUUGAUACGUAGCACAUACCGCAGAGCAGGUCUAAAUCUUUCAGAUCCCAAGGACCGCCCUCAAUAUUUCGAAGCCCACGGAACGGGCACGCCAGCAGGUGAUCCCCAGGAAGCUGAAGCCAUCUAUAGGGCGUUCGGUGAGAGCGAAACCUCUAGCGGCAACACAACGUCCGCAUCGGAGCCAUUGUAUGUGGGAUCAAUCAAGACAGUGCUUGGACAUACAGAAGGAACGGCCGGAGUCGCCGCCAUCCUCAAGGCAUCAUUGGCGUUGCAAAACUCAAUUAUUCCUCCGAAUCUAUUGUUCGACAACCUUAGCCCAGCUGUUGAGCCAUUCUAUAAGAAUGUAGAGAUUCUCCGCGCACUUAAGCGGUGGCCGAAAGUUCACCAAGGUCAACCAAGACGGGCAAGUGUCAACAGCUUCGGAUUUGGAGGUGCAAAUGCACAUGCCAUCCUGGAAAGCUACGACUUUCUCACUCAUGUCAACUCGGAAAAUACUGAUGGUCCGAUUUUCAGUCCUUUUGUCUUCUCUGCAUUCUCGGAACAGGCUCUAAGGGGAAACUUGAGCAAGUUCGUUUCAUACCUCGAAGGUAACCCGUCAAUUGACCCCCGUGACUUGGCGUACACUUUGCGAGAGCGUCGCUCUGUUCUCUCAUAUCGCGCAGCAAUUGCUGCAGGUUCCAUCGGGCAACUAGCAACAGGGAUUGCCGCUAAAUUGCAAGAAGAAACGGUUGGCACUCAUAACCAAUCAUCUGUCUCUAAGCUGGGUAAACCACCAAAGAUCCUCGGAAUCUUCACAGGCCAGGGAGCCCAAUAUCCUCAAAUGGGAGCAGAGCUCGUACAGAAAUCUCCGGUAGCACGAAAGCUUCUGCAAGACCUUGAGUGGUACCUAGCUCAACUUCCAGGGAGCGAUCGACCCACGUGGAGUCUCCAAGCUGAACUGUUGGCUGAUUCUUCGUCUUCUCGGGUGAACGAAGCCGUGCUUUCUCAGCCUUUGUGUACCGCGGUGCAGAUAAUACUUAUUGAUCUUCUUAGACUGGCUAAUGUCGAGUUUAGUGCGGUUGUUGGUCACUCAUCUGGUGAAAUCGCGGCGGCCUAUGCGGCUGGCUACAUUACGGCGCGUGACGCAAUUUGUAUUGCGUACUAUCGUGGUUUGCAAGUUAGAAACGCAAAGAGUCCAGCUGGAUCCCACAUCAAGGGUGCUAUGAUGGCCGUUGGUAGCUCGACCGAAGACGUUGCGGAGCUCUGCGCGGACGAACAAUUCGUGGGGCGCAUAUCUAUUGCCGCCAGCAAUUCCUCAUCAAGUGUUACAGUGUCGGGCGACGAGGAUGCCAUCGCUGAACUUCAGGUAACACUUGAUGACGAGAAGAUCUUCAACAGACGUCUCAAAGUCGAUACUGCUUACCACUCCAGUCACAUGCUGCCUUGUUACGAUCCUUACGUGGCCUCGCUUCGUGAUUGCGGCAUCACUGUGCGAAAGCCAAGUGACACAUGCACUUGGAUUUCCAGUGUGCAUAACAAGCAGAUAGACGCAAGCAUGAGUCUGGCAGACACUUAUUGGGCCGAUAAUAUGACAAAGCCAGUACUAUUUACCGAAGCUCUUACUAGCGCCCUUAGUGAUGCCUCGUACAACCUCGUAUUGGAGAUCGGGUGUCAUCCGGCUUUGAAGGGGCCCGCGACGCAGACGAUACAAGAGGCUUUGGACAAAGAUAUACCAUACCACGGAGUCUUAGCUCGAGGUACUGCUGCGAUCGACUCUUUUGCAACCGCCCUAGGCUUUCUGUGGUCACGCCUAGGCAGGUCAGGGGUGAACCUGGAUGCCUUCGAGAGGGCCAUGACUGGAAACAAGCAUACUCUUAACGUUGUAAAAGGUAUGCCUACAUAUGCGUGGAACCAUGAAACAAAAUAUUGGCAUGAGUCUCGAAGCUCGAAAAAGAUGCGUCUCAGAAAGCAGCAAGUCCACUCAUUGCUGGGUGACAUCUCUUCUGAAAGUUCCCCUCAUUGUAUGAUCUGGAGAAACCUUUUGCGUUUGAAUGAACUGGAAUGGAUCUCAGGUCAUCGUGUGCAAGGCCAACCUGUUUAUCCAGCAGCGGGUUAUUUGUCUACAGCGCUUGAAGCUGCGCGAAUCCUGGCUGAUGACGUCGGCAAGAACAUCCGACUCAUAGAAAUCAAAGACUUCUCUAUUCACCAAGCCGUCGUCUUUCCACAAGAUGAUGCAGGAAUCGAAAUUCUAAUCUCCUUGGCGGAUAUCACCCGAGAGAAACGGCCGGACAGCAUCAAGGCCAAGUUCACCUAUUCGGCCGCUGUUGAGCCCGGGUCGGAAGAUCUUGCCUUGGCGGCUAGCGGCGAUGUAAUCAUCCUCCUGGGUGACACGUCUUCUACUCUGUUACCUGAGCGUAAGCCAGCAAUGCCUCAUGUCAUCGACGUAGAGCCAGAGCGCUUCUACACAGCACUUGCAGACUUGGGUUAUAACUUUAGCGGUCGAUUUCGGUCGCUCUCUGCGCUUCAGAGAAAGCACCACCACGCGAGUUGUUUGCUCAAGUUACAACCACUCGAGGAGGGCGCCGAUCCUUUGUUAAUCCAUCCAGCAGAACUUGACGCCGCUCUGCAAUCGAUCAUCCUGGCAUACAGCUACCCCUACGAUGAGAGACUCCGGACUAUGCAUCUCCCAACCACUAUACGCCACAUUAGGGUUAAUCCAGACCUAUGCGGGGCGACUGACAGAACAGAAGAUGAGCUUGUGCCUGUUGAUUCGGCCAUCGCAGACGGGAAACCUGGCCAAAGAGGUAUCACUGGGCAUGUGAACCUCUUUUCCAACAAGAGUCCACAUGCUUCAAUACAGAUACAAGGAGCCGAGUUCAUGCCUCUCGGUGGCGCCGCAUCAGAGGAAGAUAGACGCGUCUUUUCCAAGGUCCAGUGGAUUGAGAAUCGCCCGGAUGGCGAGGUGGCAGGGAAAGAUAUACCACUAAUUGAGAGCCAUACCAACACUGUAAGGCUUCUUGAACGUAUCGCAUCAUUCUAUCUCAGAAAGUUUCACCGAGAAGUUGCUGCCGACGAUCCUGUGCGUUCUGAGUUUCCGACUAACUGGUAUCUCAACUAUGCGCGUUAUGUCACGGAAAUGGUAGAAGGUGGCAAGCACAAAUGGGCCGAAGAUCAAUGGCUGCAUGAUACCAUUGACGACAUCAAGAGAGCGAGUGCGCCGUUCGCGCAUCUACCAGACGUCCAAAUCAUGCAUCUUACUGGAGAACAAAUGCCCCGGGUCUUCAAAGGGGAGACCACUAUAUUAGAGCAGUUCAGAGCGACAGAUAUCCUUGACCGAUACUAUGCUACUGGAUUUGGAUUGCAUGAGUCCGCACAGUGGGUUAGUCGAACUGUUAAGCAAAUUACUGAUCGCUACCCACAUAUGGAUAUGUUGGAAAUAGGAGCUGGUACUGGAGGUGCCACCAAGGCGGUCAUGCGGGAGAUUGGCAAGAGCUUCCGAUCAUACACGUAUACCGACAUCUCGGCAGCCUUUUUCGAGAAUGCUUCAAACAUAUUCUCACAACAACGAGACCGCAUGAUAUUCAAGACGCUGGACGCUGAAAAAGAUCCUCUUGAUCAAGGAUUUGUCGAAAACUCGUACGACAUUGUCGUUGCUUUCUUUGUUAUCCAUGCCACAAGCGACCUGGAACGUGCCUUGCGCCAUAUUCGCAGGCUCUUGAAGCCAGGAGGCUACCUCGUCGUUGGAGAAGGUCAAGAGGGCCAAAAUGGUAUUGCUAGCAGCGGUUUCAUCUUUGGCACAUUGCCUGGCUGGUGGCUUGGGACUGAUCAAGGCCGGACUUUGUCACCUCACGUAUCUCCGCAAGAAUGGGAUGAACUGCUCAGAAAAACUGGAUUUUCAGGAGUUGAUUCAAGUUCGCCAAGCGCUUUCGAGGAUAUACUGAAUGUUUUCCACUUUGCUACACAAGCGGUUGACGAUAAAGUAGCUUUCUUCCGUGAACCCCUUGCCACAGCUCAAUGGCGGCCGGCCCCCAUCAAGAACCUGGUCAUAGUUGGUGGUCAAACACCCAGGACCUCGCAUCUCGUCAAGGGUCUCAGUACGAUUGCUCAAGAAGGAUGGGCCACAAAUGUCCAUCUUUUUGAUACCCUUACAAGUGUGGACUACAACGCCAUCACCUCCGACUUCAUCGUUGUCAGUUUGACUGAACUUGACUCACCUGUAUUCAAGGAUAUUCGACCGCAAACAUUUGAGGCACUGAAAAGGAUGUUCGGGUCUGGGAAAAAGCUACUCUGGGUUACUAGUGGCCGCCGAGACGAUGAGCCGUUCUCUAAUAUGACGGUCGGGUUCGGACGAGUAGCCGUACACGAGACCCCGGAGCUUAACUUGCAACAGCUGGACAUCACAAAGCCAGAGAAUGUCGAUGCUAAGAUGAUAGCAGAAAUUCUCCUACGAUUCCAUGCGGCACCCACGCAAACAGAGGAUAUCGUCUGGACUGUGGAGCCUGAGAUCGUGAUUGAUGACGACGGUCGCCAACUGCUGGCACGGCUUCGGCCCACUCCUGAACUCAACGAUCGAUAUAAUUCAUCGCGCCGGCCCAUUAUUCAGGAGAAGAAUCUGGAAGAUACUCCUUUUGCCUUGGCCCUUGGCUCCAGCGGCCCUAGGAUCACGGAGGUUUCCAGAUACGUGGCACCUGUGUCUCAGAACCUUAGUCCGGAAAAAACAAUCGACUUACAUGUUACCCAUUCCGUUCUCAAAUCCUUGAAGACGCCGCUUGGACAUAUGUUCUUGGUGCUUGGUACACAAAAUAGUGCUCAUAAGACGUAUGUGGCUCUGGUCCCGUCUCUAGCCUCGGUUGUCAGCGUGUCGCAAUCGUCGGCGAUACCAUUACAGGCUACGGAUGUACCAGCUGCUAGCUUGCUCACAGAUAUCGCGGCUCACAUAAUCUCUCUGGCAAUCCUAGACCCCCUCUACAGUGAUCAGAGCUUGCUGGUACACAACGCAACAGAUGUCAUCGCCCGUGCUCUCGACGUACAAGCCAAAGCCAGGAACGUUCAUGUUAUACACACAACGGAUUCCAAGGAUGAGAACAUACCGGACUCGUGGAUUAAGUUACCGCGAUAUGUAAGCCUCCCAGAGCUAGACGAUGUCCCCUUGAACCAGAUAUCAGGCUUUGCUGGGUUCUCCAGUCAUGAUAUUGAAGGAUUGGCAAACGAAGCAACGCUGAUAGGCGGCCUUCCGACAAAUUGCAACAUCACAACCACCGAAACAAUCUAUUCUUUGAACGGAUCGAACAUUGGCCCCCGUGCAAACGAUGUUAUUAAUCAGAGGCUAUCAGCGGCCUUGCACUACGCACAAACGGACAGAGCCGCUGAAAAGCUCACAGGGACUAUUUCCCUGGAUGAACUGGUUCAUGGAGAGACUCUGCAUGAUGCGCUAUCAAUCAUCGAUUGGACAUCGAGCAAGAGACUCCCAGUUCAAGUCACGAGGUUCGAUGACUCGCCUAUGUUCAAGAGCAAGAAUAGUACCUACUGGAUUAUCGGCAUGGUUGGCGCAUUAGGCAUUUCUCUCUGUGAUUGGAUGGUCAGCAAAGGAGCCAGAAGCAUUGUCCUCACGAGUCGAAAUCCUAAAGUAGCCCCCGAAUGGAUUGCGACGCACAAACGCCACGGUGCCAUCGUGACCAUCUUCUCAUGUGACGUGACUGACGAGGCUGGUCUGAGGUCGGUGCACCAGAAGAUUCGGGAAACACUGCCCCCUAUUGUAGGUGUGAUGAACGGGGCAAUGGUUUUACGCGACGUUUCCAUCAACAACAUGUCUUUCGGGGAACUGAACGAUGUCCUCAAGCCAAAGGUCAACGGAAGUAUCAUUGUGGACCGGAUGUUCGAAAACGACGACUUAGAUUUCUUCAUCCUAGUUUCAUCGAUCAAUUGCGUAAUUGGAAACCUCGGCCAGGCAAAUUACGCCGCCGCGAACACUUUCAUGUGCGCUCUGGCAGCCCAGCGUAGGAAGCGUGGCCUGCGCGCAGUAACGCUCAACGGUGGUGCAAUCGUGGGCGCCGGGUACAUGGAGCGCGAGUCAAGUAGGGCUCUGGACAUGAUCGUUAAGAAGCUCCACAUGAUGCGUAUGUCCGAGGAGGACUGGUGCCAGUCAUUCUGUGAAGCAAUCGAUGCCAGUCGUCUGGAGUCACCGUAUGGGCCCGAGCUCACGACAGGGCUCUCGGAUGUGCCUUUCGACACCUCCAGUGCGCCUUACUGGUUUUUGAACCCCAUGUUCUCCUCAUUCAUCGUGCAGCAGAAAGCCGUGACCGAUGAUAAGGCCGAAAACAAAGGUGCUGCCACGGUUCAACAACAACUCCAGAACUGCAAGUCUCAGGAAGAUGUUUAUAAGGCUGUCAAGGGUGCUUUUGCCACUCAGUUGCGCAAUAUUCUGCAGAUGACUACGUCUGAUGAAGAUCUUAUGGCUAGCCGUAGCAACGAGAUCGGUCUCGACUCACUUGUGUCGGUCGAUAUCCGCUCAUGGUUCCUUGAUAAGCUACAGGUCAGCAUCCCGGUACUCAAGAUCAUGGGCAACGAUACCAUGGAAAGCCUCGUCCAGCAUGCCGUCGAGACUUUGCCUGCCGAACUUAUUCCCCACGUGAGCGGCGGUACCGAAGCCACAGAUAGCGGAAAGGAUUCGAGCGACAGCUCUCCAACAGAUGAAGAGACCGAAUCUGGAGGUAUUACGCCGCCGACAAACAUUGCAACGCCAGCUUCGUUUGACGAGCACGCAGUAGAUAUCAAGCUCAGCAAGGGCAUUGACUGGGAGGCUGAGGCACGCCCGCCUGCUGACCUAGACGAUAUCGAGCGCACUCUCGACUCACCCGUGAGGAACCCGCCGAAGGUCGUCGUCCUCACAGGAGCCGGUGGCCUGCUCGGACACAAUCUGGUGGAGUAUCUUCUCGCAAACACUUCAGUCGAAAAGAUUAUUUGUAUCGCAUUGCGCGGGGUUUCCAAGCGGCUGCGGAACAACGAGCUGCCCCAGGACCCCCGAGCAAUAUACCACGAGGGCGACCUCACGAAACCGUUGCUCGGGCUCUCUCCUAGCGACACAAAGAGCAUCUUUGCCGAAGCAGACGUGGUCAUCCACAACGGCGCUGACACAUCGCACAUGAAGCUCUUCGCGGACCUCCGGACCGCCAACGUCGGCUCGACCCGUAUCCUCACACGCCUAUGCCUGCCGCGCCGGAUCCCACUGCACUACGUCUCGUCUGCAGGCCUGGCCGUGUUGUACGGUGGGCCCGCCUUCCCCGAGGUGCCCAUCACGGGUCCCGGGUCCUCGUACCCGGCGCCUGACGGCUCCUUUGGCUACAUGUGCUCCAAGUGGACCAACGAGCGUUUCCUGGAGCAGGUGCACGAGAAGUACGGCCUUCCCGUCUGCUUCCACCGCCCGUCCACCAUCGUGCGGGAGGGCACCGACGCCGAGGGGCGCAAGGCCCAGCUUGACUGGGUCAACGCGCUGCUGCACUACGCUCGGAAGAUCAAGGCCGUGCCGCGCGCCGAGUACAAUCGCGGCGCCCUCGAUCUCGUCUACGUCAAGAGCGUCUGUGCUGAUAUCGUCAAGCAUAUCAUGGAUGGAAGCGAGAGGGCUCGCAGCCACGUUACGUAUGUCAACGAGGUUGGUGACGUCGUGCUGCCGUUGGAUACUCUCCAAGAUAUAGGCCUGGAAGAGAAGGGCCACGGGAAGCGGUUCGAUGUGCUUCCCAUGGUCCAGUGGACGGCCAAAGCUAUUGAGGCCGGCUUGCACCCGGCUGUGGCAGCCCUGGUCGAGAUGAUGGAUGACCCUGCCGUUCCCAAUUACCCGAGGCUGCUGAAGGGUACCGCCGCGGCCUAGACCAGCGGACUAGGGAAUUACCUUGUAGACAGUAUUAUCGGCACGAAUCCUCAAAUCACAAUGCAAUUUACUUAUUUGUACUACUAGCACUAAAGUUGCUCACGCAAGGGCGGCGAAAGUAACGCCCUAACACUUAAUUAUCUGGGUAAAUUUGAAGGGUUAAAGACGCCGAGUUUUAUCAACAUCAUUAUAGCAAUGAUCUAUCUAGUUUUGAAUAGGUUUAGCAUUGAGAACAAGAUACACAAUCUAAU